UAUUUUGUUAGCCCAAAAUUUGAUUUUUUUCAAGGUUAUUAUUUGAAAACCAAACAGAAACAUUCCAGGAAUUGCUUGUAAAUAUCUAAAAACAUUACAGUAUUUUCAGAAAUAAUUUUGUAAAACUAGAUAAAUUACUUACAUGGCUGACAUGGCUCAUGUUUCUGAAACAAUUUUGCUGUUGUUUAUAUUUUUAUUUGUCAAUGUAGUUGUAUCAGAAACUGAUUGGGCAGAAAAUUCUCCAGGGCUUGCAAUGGAUUACAGGAUUCACAUUGAUGCAGGCAAGGAAGACUGCUACUAUCAGUAUGUCCAUCCUGGCGGCACUAUCUUCACAAGCAUGAAUGUCUUGAAAGGAGGUGAUGGAAUGGCGGGUUUUGCAGUUCGCAACCCCAGAGGUCAAGUGGUUCACCCGUAUGCUUGGAAACAAAACUCUGAAUAUGAAGAAGUGUCUGAACAAGGCGGUUACUAUGCAAUCUGCAUUGAUAACCAGUUCUCAAAAUUUUCUGAUAAAUUAAUCAAUUUAUACAUUACUACAUUCAGGCCUGAUCUAUGGGAGCAAUACACAGCUGAGCUUGAACAAACAGACAUCCAUGUGGCAAAUUUCACUGAGAGCUUACGUUCAGUUGACUCGCGGAUCAACGUGAUGCUGCAGCAGCAAGCACAGAGCAGAGCCAGGGAGGCUAGAGACUAUCAGCUGCUGCUGGACAACAACAACUGGGUUUUCUACUGGAGCAUCGGUCUCUGUGUAGCUCUGGUAGCAACUUCAGUAACCCAGGUGGUAAUCAUCAGAAGACUUCUUGGGGACACUGGCUUGGGGGGCAGCAGCAGCAGCAGUAAAGCACCAAGGGCUUGAAACUCGCGUCGAAAAUCAUCCAUACUUUUAUUUUAAUGACUGACCAUUGAGGUCUACUGUUCAUGAGUAUUAAUGCUUGGUUGUGCACAAUAUUUUACAAUUUUAGCCUGCGGAUUUUGCUGUAUGGACCUUGAUGGUAUUUUGGUUAUUGGGGCUGAUGGAAAAGAUUUCUGUGUGUAUCAUUUGCCACUGUAGGUAUAUAUGCGCGACCACUUCAUUCAUGUUACUAAAUAUUUCUGGCUCGUAUUGAUGUGAGGAUAUAAGUAACACUUUAUUGUUGAGUCUGUGUCAUGUGUUUGGCCUCUCACAUUCAGCACCAUGUCCAGUUCAUGAGAUGGCCACUUUGGCCGGAUGUGUCCUUAUAAGGUUGUGAUGCGCUUUGAUUGUUUGAAGUGCUGGCAAUGGUUCUGCAGGAUUUAUGUAAACUUUGUUAUCUAUAAAUGUCAUAAAUUAUAUAAAAGUAUACCAGGAUAACAAGCCCGUCUGCCAAUGGUCUUUUUUAAACGUAUGUGCAAUAUACUCACGGGUGACAAAUUGAUGAUCUCUGAUCAUUUUGGCUGACGGAGAGUGUUUCAAAGUCUUUAUUCGCGCAUGUGACAUGCAACUUUUAUUCAGUCUUAUGAUAAAUGUUGUUGGGGUGUGAGUGCAGGGCUGUAAGGAUGUGUAAAAAAAAGCUGGGUGUUUUUAUUUGAUUAAGAUUACCCAAAGAUUGAUUUCGGAUAUGCAUGCUUGAAAAUUACUGAUUCAAGUUUUAUUCUCUAUUAAUGAUGCAUUAAAAGUGUCCCAAUUUUUAUUCUUGUGCUAUUGAAAAUAAUAUCGCCUGUCGAACACAUGCCGUUAAUUGGCACACUUGGAAUACCUGACCAUGUCCAGAAUUUUUUUAAUUGAUUUAGUUUGAUGAAUCUCUUUUUCCUACAUCUGAUUUCUGUUGAUAUAAUUCUGAAAUUUCUUAGAAUCUCCCAAAUUUUGUAAUGGGACCUACAAUUGGAGCCCUAGUACAUGUUUAUUUUUAUUCUAUGUCUCUUAUUAUUUUGUAAUUCAAUCGAAGAUACACGAAUGAAGUCGCCAUUCAUUCUAUUUGUUCAAAUCUAAUGUUUUUAAUUACAUUCUAUAUGUGAUCGCCGGGCUACUUCAAUUUUUGGUAUAGCUUAUAUUGAUAUGAGCAAUCCGUUUUCUUAUUUCCAGUCUCUGGUUGAGUGGUUUAUUUCUUAUAGCCUUACGAACCUCAGUUCACUGUUGAGUUAGACAGCUUCUAAAACGACAUUUCUAUACUGACGCUUUUAUAUUAUUUUUAAUAAUUUCAUGGCCCCUGUAACCUGCUUGUGUUCACACAAACUCCCGAUCCUCCCCUUGCUGGUUAUUACUAUAAACUUGAUGCUAAAUUAGUCUAAGUUUUCAUCAUCACCGUUGCGUAUUGGAAGCUUAUUAAUAACUUUAUGAAAGAGUCUAUUUCGUUUUUUUAGCAGGAAACCUUUUUCAAGCGAAAAUUUUAGCUACUUAUGGAAUUUAAAUUAUUUUGUACAUCACUGUCGUAAAUGUUUGAUCCUAUUUUCAGGCUUGUUAAGUUUUUUAAUCUAAUUGGUACAUUAGAAAUUUUUUGCCUUGAACAUUGUUAACGAAUAUUUUUCAAUAAUGAGUAGUGGAGUCUUUCUCCUUUUCAGGAAAAUUGUCUCUUUUUUCUUGGUAAAAUAUGCACGUUUAGAGAACUGACGUAACUAAAUUGACUGACGGUUACACAGUAUUACUCCCCUUUAGUCUCUCUUGGACAGCGCGUUCUCAUUUCGGUCAUAAAUAUUACUGCCAGUUUACUUAAAGAAUCUUAUUUCGUGUUGCGUUCUAAUCAGGGUAACCAGAUUGUUUCGGUUUGAGUUGAUAUAAUUUUAAGUUCAGGUUGGAGCUUUAGUCGGAUCAGCUUUUAUAAAUGAGUGCAAAGAACUUUAUUUGUGUUAGCUGCAUCGUAUGGUCAAAGAAAGUGAUUAUGGUUGGGCAGAUGUGUCCUUGUUCACCGAUUACUUGGAAAUUUUUUCUUUUCUCUGAAAGGAUAAUGGAAUAAUAAGUGUUGUGAAGAAAAUUAUUUCUGUUACUGUGUUUUACGGUUCUUUUUUAGUUAUAAUUUUAAUUGUUUCUUUGCUGGUAUUGAUGGGUCUUGGAACAAGGUUUACUUGCAUGUUGUUUAACUUAAUCAAUUAUCUAAACAUGGUAAUUUUCUACUGUACUUCAUCGUAAUGAACAAAACUUUGAAAAUGAGAAUCUCUAUCUUUGAAAGUCCCAAAGUUAGGUCCUCUGAUCUCCGUGUGUGGAGCUUCUUUAUACGACAGUUUAUUAUGCUUUUACUUACUGAUUAGUUAGUAAUUAGUUUGGGAGUACCUGUUGUUAUUUUUGGUGUGAGGCAAGCUGUGUGAUUGCGCUUGUGAAGCAUUGUCCAGGCAGUGUGCUGGGUUCUAUCACUGCGUUAGUUAAUCUCAAACUAAACCUCAAUUAUUGUUUUUAUUGUAGUCAUGUUCUGCUAAUUGAAGGAAGAGACAAGGUCUGCUGACCGUUGUUGCUUCUCGACCUAAAACUCAUGUUAUUAAUUGCUGUAAAUGAAAUUAGUAUAAAUCUUAGGAUUUUAUUUGCUUCAAGUACGCAUGUGUUCUCAGAUGUUCCUGUCCGUCCAAUAUUUGAAAGCUGCAACUUUUUUCCUUUAUUUAGCUCGGUUCUACAGCAAUGAAACGAGCUAAGUUUCAUCUUUAUGAAUGUUCUUAUUAGUUUGCCUUUAAUUUGCUUUCUAAAAUUUCAAGACGUUCUUGUGACGUUAUCUUCUUUUCUCGGGGUAAUAUUAGAAAUAUACUAAGCAAAAAGUUUAUUUGAAACUUCUAGUAUAUUGUGGUGCAAUGGAACAUGUUUAUUUUUGGUAUACUAUUUGAUGAAAGUUUAUGCUUCA